AAAGCCUGUGCAACUGAGGAACCGUGGGGAGGCAGACCGAGAUAAAGAUAGUGUUUUAAUGAGUAUCCAAUCAGCGUCAAGACUAGAUAUUCGAAUUCAGCCAAUCAGGCUCAAGGCGCGGGCUAUAAAAAGGCCGGCACAGAGCCCUUAGGCUUCAUUUCUCGGAGGAUUCGGCGUUGGCGAUAGCAUGGCUCGCACCAAGCAAACGGCCCGCAAGUCGACCGGCGGGAAGGCGCCCCGCAAGCAGCUGGCCACCAAGGCGGCGCGGAAGAGCGCGCCGGCCACGGGCGGCGUGAAGAAGCCUCACCGCUACCGGCCCGGCACGGUGGCCCUGCGCGAGAUCCGCCGCUACCAGAAGUCGACGGAGCUGCUGAUCCGCAAGCUGCCCUUCCAGCGGCUGGUGCGCGAGAUCGCGCAGGACUUCAAGACCGACCUGCGCUUCCAGAGCUCGGCCGUGAUGGCGCUGCAGGAGGCGAGCGAGGCCUACCUGGUGGGGCUCUUCGAGGACACCAACCUGUGCGCCAUCCACGCCAAGCGCGUCACCAUCAUGCCCAAGGACAUCCAGCUGGCCCGCCGCAUCCGCGGGGAGAGGGCGUGAGGACCCCGCCCUCCCAGGCCGAUUAACAUCCCCCCCCCAAAGGCUCUUUUAAGAGCCACCACCUCUCCCUGAAAAGAGCCGAGAUCCACAAACUCUUCCCUAUGAACAUUUAGAUCGAGAUCUUAAAUGCUCACAGCAAUACGAUCGUUCCUUAAGCCUAGGAUUGAUUACUAUUUCCAACCCGUUUUAUAGAAUAUGAGUCCAGUUUAAUUCUC